GUAAUAAAAAAUUCAACAAUUCUAAUAAAAUUAUGUUUUUAAUAUUAGUUAAAGUAAAAUGAAUUUUUUAUCAUGCAGUAUUCUACGAAUUACAAUUAAUACCGAUAUGAAAUAUUAAAACGUGUUUAAGAAAUAUAGUGAAAAUUAUCAGAGCGAACCCGAAGCCCGAAGCAUACUUAUUUUAUCAGUGAGCGUUUAAAACUGUAUUGAACAAUUAUUCAAUUUUUUAAUCUUAUAAUUCUUCUUCAAUGCUAUUCAUUCACCAUUGGCGCUGAACCAUAUGUUUAGGUCAGUUCACGGAAUGAAAAUUUGUUUUAAACAUGUUAACAAGGACCAAACGGAUAUAUGGUUUGUAUUUCAUACCAGAAUAUGUAUGAUUAUUGAUUAGCUAAGGUACUUAGUGAAAAUAAAGGACAAAUUUCUACUUAUUCAUACGUGGUUUAAACUUAUAAGAAAAUAUUAUGCAUACUAUAUAAUUAUUCAUAUAUCAUAUAUACAUGUAACUACUGAUGUACUUUGUAUUUUGUUUACUUUACUCAAAUUAAACUACGUGUAAUAAAUAGUUACACCUUGUUAUCAAUUGCAUUAUCAAUAUUUUCGUUGAAAGUUAUUCAAAUUAAACUUUCGCGUAUUGCUUAGAAUUACGAAGUAAAAACAUAAGCUGGUGGCCGCAUGAAACGCUUGGGGCCGUUUUAUUUUCAUUUGGUCUGAGAUAUUUUUUAGAAAUUAGGUACCACUGAAUUACUACCUACAUUUGAUAUUGAAGUAUUGAACCAUUUUAACCCCAUACAAAUCGUUACUUAAUAGUUCCUUGCACUUAAAGCAUAUUUAAUUUUCUUUGAAUUGUAUUAAAUAUUUAACAGUGGCUUGGUCAACUUUUUAUUAUUGUAACGGAUAGACAAUAUCUUAUUUAAUUAUAUUGAUUCCUAGUUUCAAUGAAUAAACGCAAUUAAAAAUAAUGCACUUAUUGAUAUGCAUAUUUUAUUAUUUUAGAAGUAACAAAUUAGGUCUGUAAGUAACUUAGGAUAAUUUUUAUCCUAACAAUUAUUAAAAUUAUUUGUACACAAUAUUAUAAAAAAAUGCUUUUCACCUAUAGUAUUUAAUUUAAAAGAACAGGUUAAACAUUUAAAUAUCUAAAAAAUAAUUUGAAAAUAUAAUUCUCAUGAUAAAAAAAAAAACUACAAAAGUAUAGAGCACAAAAGCAUAUUGGUUGAGUUUAAAAUUUAAAUAAUAUAGUAUUUCUUUGUCGGCGGACUAGCUGAGGAAAUGAGGAAUAAAAGAUUACAACUACUAUGAGUUAUGGUAAUUAGUUGGUAUCAAAAACUUUAGUCGGUAUUAACAUAGAACAUAAUAUUUUUAAUGAUUAUGGUAGGUAAACGACGGUCUUAUAGAAGAUAUUUUAAGACGAUAUUGUAACAAUCUGACUACGUUCGUUUGAUGGUGCUGAGAAUAAAUGAACAAGAGUUUAUUUUUUACUUUAUAAAUUGAAUACUUUUUAUUUAAUUAAUACAAAACACAAUAAAUUUACUAAGUCCAAAUUGACUAUUUUAAAUAAUGAAGACUAGCGAGAUGUGACUGUCAUAUCCUAGCUCCUAGCUUGUCGUUGGUGUUGGUCCGUCUAGCUCGGUGUUGUUGGUCCGUCUGCCGAAGCUUAUUCGAGCGACGUAUUUUAUAAUGGUGAUUCUUGGAUCGUAUCCCUGCCUAUUAUCCUACUACUUUACCAUAUAAGGUCAUACCAUGGGCGGCCACGCGCUGCACACGCCGGAUGUCCCUUGCUUAUCUGGUCGUUGUCAUCUCUAUUGAGGCAACACAACACUUUUAAUGUGAACUAUUUAAUAAUAUUACUAUAAAGUAUAAGUAGUGAUAUAUUUACGAACAUAUACGUUUCGAGGUCACGCGCAAUAGAUGCGUCGUAGGCCUCCUUCAGCAUAUCGUGUUUCUUCUGUAUAUUUAGAACUAUACUCCGGCCCACGAGAGAACGACCGUAAAAACUCGUCCGACGCUGCGCAUCGAUUCCCCUUCCAUAUACCGAUCGGAAGCCGGUCGGCAACGAUCGCCGACAGGCAUCGUUGACAUUCGUUUAUACGUAGCGAUAGCAGUAGCAACGAUUUUUCAAUUUUUGUUUUUGAACCGCCGUUUAUGUUUUACCGAUUUUUUUUUGCGAUUACAUUUAUUUUGUAUUUAAAAUGGACAAUCUCAUUCAAAUGACACCCACAAAAAGGAAUCGGAGAGGAAAGGUUGUUCAUUCUGGCCAGAAACAAAUCGUCAUAAAUAUAUACAAAGAUCUGUUGAAAACAGAACCUGAUAUAAAAUAUAAUAAUUUAUUGAACAAAAUAUCUACAAGAAGUGGUAUUGGAAUCGGAACAAUUAAAAGGACUAUCAGAGAAUAUAAGUCUACUGGCACACUAUCUUCACCAGUUAAUAAAAAGAACAGACCAACUGUAGUUGAUAAAGUGGAUGAUUUCGACAAAAUGCAAUUCGUCAAAACAUCCACGCAUUCUGGUUCAGACGAGAAAUUCCAACUUUACCGAAAAUGUUACAAGUGAUAAACGAUGACCCUGAUCUUCCUAGUUUUUCACGUACUUCACUUCAAAGGUUGUUGAAGGACUUGCAAUUCGAAUACACCAAAAGAAAUAGAAACAGUGCUCUUACUAAAAGAGAGGAUCUUGUUUUAUGGAGACGGAAAUAUAUUGCUGACAUACGACGUUAUCGCAAGGAAGGAAAAACAAUUUAUUUUUUGGACGAGACGUGGGUCAACGCCGGAGAUUGUUCAUCAAGAGUGUGGGUCGACAAAACUGUGAAAUCACACAGAGAUGCGUUUAACAGAGGCUUAACUACCGGGUCACAGAAUCCUACUGGAAGAGGCAAGCGGCUCAUUGUUGUUCACAUUGGGUCGACCGAGGGUUUCGUCGCAGGUGGUCUUUUGUGUUUUGAAUCCAAAAAAAACACAUCAGACUACCACGACGAAAUGAACGGCGAUACAUUUUUCGAAUGGUUCUGUAGCGUUUUACCUUUAUUAAAAGACGACUCGGUUAUAGUGAUGGAUAACGCACCGUACCAUUCGGUGAAAAAAGAUCACCUACCGACCCCCUCGUGGACGAAGGCAGCAAUUAUUGAAUGGAUCGAGUCAAAAGGCGUCAAUAUCACCGAACCCUUGGUGAAGUUUGAACUACUUCAAAAAGUGCGACAGAUCAAACAUCAAUACGACUUGUUUAUUGUUGACGAAGAGGCGAAAAAACACAAUCAAAUUGUAUUGCGUUUACCACCGUACCAUUGCGAACUUAAUCCAAUUGAGUUGGCAUGGUUGGUGGUAAAAGGACAUGUCAAAAAAAAUAACACGACAUAUAAAUUGAACGACGUUCGUCAAUUAUUAAACGACGGUAUAAAAAAGGUGACACCUGAAAUGUGGUCCAAUUUUGUGUCACAUACGAUUAAAGAAGAGGAUCAAUUUUGGCAGUUGGACUUCAUUUCUGAUGAGAUGUUGGAAGAAACACAGGCAUUGACAUCGCACGUGUUAACUAUAACCGGAGAGACGACUUCUGAUUCAGAAAACAGUGAUUGAAAUUUUUUUAUAUUUGUACAUAAUCAUGCCUAUCCCUAAUACUCUUUAAUAUAGCUUUAGAAAUGGUAGUUAGAAAAACUCAAAAAAAAUAUGGUGGGGUAAACUUGGAAGAGAACAGAAGACAAUGCGGAGUACUAGCGUACGCAGAUGAUAUUAUCAUAUUGGGAUCAGACAGUCAAGAAGUCAAAGCAGGAACCAAAGAACUAAUAAUAAACAGCAAAGACAUUGGAUUACAAAUAAACGAAGGGAAAACCAAAUAUAUGGUAAUAUCUAGGCUAGAAAAUCACGAGGAAAAUUUAGAAGUUGAGAAUUAUAAAUUUGAAAGAGUGCAAAAUUUUAAAUACCUGGGUGUUACAAUAAAUAGCAAAAAUAAUAAUCACGAUGAAAUUAAAAUAAGACUAACUGCAGCAAAUAAAUGCUAUUACGGAGUAACGAGUAUACUAAAAUCAAAACAGGUAUCACUCAAAUCAAAAAUUAAAAUAUACAAGGUAAUUAUCAGACCAGUCCUUCUAUAUGCGUGUGAAACAUGGCCAAAGACUAAAGGAGACGAAGAAAAAUUAGCAAAACUCGAAAGAAGAAUAUUAAGAAGAAUAUUUGGGCCAAAAAUAAAUAACAU